CUCACCUCUCCUGCCUGGAGCUCCAUCGCCUUCAGCCCAUCCUCUGCCAGACUCAGCAGCAAAAUGCAGUGCCUCCAUCUUCUCUGCCUCAGUCUCCUGUUGCUGGGACGUAUCCUGGAUGUGCACGGCGGGAACAACGUCCUCGACUGCUGCCUGCGGACAAGAGAGACGCCCAUCCCGGCACGGAUCGUGCAGGAUUACCGGCUGCAGCUGGUGCAGGACGGCUGCAACAUCCCUGCUGCCGUAUUCAUCACCACAAAGGACAAGCGCCUCUGUGCACCCCUCCAUUCCCCGUGGGUGAUUCGUCUCCAAGAGAAGGUGGAUGCCAGGAGGAGGAAACCCCAGGGCAAGUAGGUCCUGAAGAAGCCAUGGCUGGUCCCAACAUCUGGAGGGGACCACCUUCCAGCUGUGAAUCUGAUGCUAAUGGAGCCAACCUGCUUCCACCUCCAGUCUCAGGGCUGACCCUCUUUGACACUCAUGCCUGUGUGUGGGGCUGGGCAGAGCCCUGUCUGCUCUGUCUUUUUCCCUCUGCCUCCAAUAUGACCAAGCAGCCUGUGUCAGGCUGAGCUGGGGGCUGCUGGACUGUGUCACCUUUGCAGCCUGGAAGCUGUUUGAUGGACUGAUCUGCAGGGUGAGCCGGGGCACAGUCCUGUCAGCACAGCAGCUGUGAUCUCCAGCUAUAGCCUGAUCCCUUUGGUUUCCUUGUCAGUCCCAACCUAGAGUUCUUCUGCAUCCCUGGGAAGGGUUGCCAGCAUAGAACAGUGUGGGAAUGGAGAGGAGUGAUGGAGAUGCUCCACAGUGGCCAUACAUUGUGCUGAUCCUUGCCAAGCACCACCCAGAUGCUCUCAGAAAAUGUCUGGCUGAUGUGGUUCCUCUCUCACCCCUGAAUUCCCUGCACUGUUUCCCUCCUGCCCUUUCUUCCAAGUGUAGAAAUAGAGCCACUAAUGG